GUUAAGUGGCCAAACGGCGGGCAAUUCGUAAAGACCCCAAAUCCCUCUAGUUGUCCACACUCCACUUUCCCGCCAAAAUUAAAAACCCUAAAACCACGUCCUGGUCCAAACACCCCCUUUCAAUCUCAGACUUCCAAUGGCGGAACAAGAAGAAGAGGAACACGACAUCACGGAAGAGACCAUCGCCCCGUCCCUUCCCCCAAGCCGAGUCAAGAAAAUCAUGAAACUCGACGAGGAAAUCAACAAGGUGAACGCGGAAGCCCUGUUCCUGGUCUCCUGCUGCACCGAGCUCUUCCUCGAGUUCCUCGCCGAGGAAUCGGCCCGGGUCGCGGUCGAGAAGAAGCGGAGGACGGUGAAGCUCGAGCACCUGAGAGUCGCCGUCAAGAGGCACCGGCCGACGAGCGAUUUCCUCCUCGAGUCGCUUCCGGUGGCUUCUGAACCAGUUGUGGAUCGGCCGAAGGCGGUGGAGAGCAACCGUGGUCGAACUGCUGAGAAGCCGGUCCCGACUGGUACUCGUCGGAUCGAUGAUUUCUUUCGCAAGGAUUCUUAGGUUUUUUUGGGCAAUUUAUAGAUGUUGAGUUGAUUUUAAUUUAGUUUGUUAUGUUUUGUUUGAUGAAUUCGAUGGUGUAAAAUCAUUUGGGAAUAUAUGGAUUUGUGUGCCUGGUGCCAUGGUUUUUCAGCACAAAA